GCGCGGCGCAUCGCCAGUUCACGCACGGCGGCCAGCUCUUCGCUUCGCGUCGCGUUUCGCUCUCAUCUGCACCCGACAUGUUGUCGAGGUUAGUCCCCGAUGCUAGAGGCUAAAACCACCCACAGAGGUUAAGCCAGUCCCCAGCCCAUUCCAGUCACGUAAUUUCGAGUGGACCCUGCAGGAUUCCUUUUCAGGUGGUCUUUUGGGUGUUCAAGACAGGUUAGAGUGGUUUGUUUACGGAGCCGAUCAAGUGUCGGCAUUGAACGCUUCCGAGCGUGGCGAUGUGCUACCUUAUUGAGGUGGACUUCGACACAAAAAGUCGAACGCAGACGUUUCUAAUUUAUUGUACUCGGCAUCGGUGAAGGGGCCGAGGAGAGGUAAGGUUGGCGGGCUCGCCAGGCGAGACACUGGGAGCAAAGGUGGGCUCGGUUUGCCGGAGCCAGAGCCAGCAUGCCCGAGCAGAGCAAUGAUUACCGAGUUGUCGUAUUCGGAGCCGGCGGCGUGGGCAAGUCCUCCCUAGUCCUCCGAUUCAUUAAAGGCAACUUCAGGGAGGAUUACAUACCUACCAUCGAAGACACCUACAUACAGGUCAUUAGCUGCAACAAAAACAUUUGCACGCUUCAAAUUACGGACACGACAGGGUCGCAUCAGUUUCCGGCUAUGCAGAGGCUAUCCAUAUCAAAAGGUCACGCUUUCAUCCUUGUGUACUCCGUCACAUCUAGGCAAUCUCUCAAAGAACUUAAACCUUAUUGGGACGCGAUCCGAGAAUUGAAAGGAGCGACGGAGCUGGCCUCGAUCCCGGUCAUGCUAGUGGGCAACAAAUGCGACGAGAGCGAAGCGCGGGAGGUGACGACGGCCGAGGGCGAGCAGGAGGCCCAGAAAUGGGGCUGCCAUUUCAUGGAGACCUCGGCCAAGACCAACCACAACGUCAAAGAGCUCUUCCAGGAGCUUCUCAACCUUGAGAAGAAUCGCAACAUCUCCCUCCAGCUCGAGAAGAUCUCCCACUUAAAGGGCAUGAAGAAAAUCAAGGAAAAGUGCUCGCUGAUGUGAGCCACCCCUGGUCCCAUCCCCGUGCCUGUCCCCACCCUCACUCCCACCUCCGCCAACGCACGACACCAACGUCCUCUAACAAUAAUACUCCGCCUGCCCAGCCUACCCUUAUAGGAGAGGAGAGCAUGGCCACUGAAGACUCUAACUCUCUUCAAUUUACCUACUUAGUCAUCCUAGAGGCCUCUUCGAGCUCUCAGGUUAUGCAUUCAAAUAAAUGCGCACCUCAUUUACAAGAAUUAGGUAUGUCCUCUCAGUAACAGCAUUAAGUCAGGGCACUCUGCAUUGUUGUCGCGGUGACUAUCGCAGAAUUCGCAAAAUUUCACGAGAAAAAACUAUUCAUAUGACAAAUAGUCUGGAAAUCAACUCCUAGACAAGGUAUACGUGUCUGUAAUUGACAUCGUUUGGAUGCCAAAAAAAAAGAGAAAAAAAGAAAAAUGAUGCCAUUUGUAAAUAUAUAUAACCUAACUCCGACGUGACCCGUGUGAAAAAUACUUGUAAAUAGCUUGUUAGGGAGGUGAUUUACAGACUGGCCGUUGUGUGAAUCGGUUUUUACGUAAGAAUUUGAAGAGAUGUAACAUGUGACUUUUUUUAAUGCAGACCUUGUCUCGUGGUCCAUUUUAACGUUAAACAAUAGUGUAUUUGAAGAUCUCUGAUAUGUUUUAUUUUCCCCAAGGGAGCUAGUCAAAAUUUUUCUUUGUAAUUUUGUCUGACCUUUUUAAAAUCAGUAGAAAAUUGACGUACAAUUUCGGCACAAACUGUUGAGUUUUCUCUGCAAAAUGGAACACGUUAGCGGACGCAGAACAUUUUGUCAGAGAUGUCGUUCUAACCAGCCCUUUGCACUCCACAACAUUCGACAUAGCCGACACUAAUCCGCCAAGACACAUGUGCUUGGACGAGAUUCUAAUCAUUUGUUAACAACCCCGCAUGUUUACCUACAUUCACGAUUUCUUCACAUUGAUAAAGCUGCUUUAUAGUUGACUUGCGAUUUUCGCGCGACAGCGUCGGCUAUGUUGGGUUUUGCUACAGAUCGUAUUCGGUGUAUCGUUUGGCUCAAAACAACAGAACAUAACCUCAAACAAACAUUUUAAGAUUUCAGUAUGAAAAGCUGAAAAUGAGAAAAUUCCUGACACUUUCACUUUUCAUUGGCAUUUGGUACUCAAAAGAAUAAAUAAUCUAUCACCGAAGACCCGUUCCCUCAGAUUCCUAAAUCGACUUUUGAGGCUAUGUUUACAUGUUGACCCAAUCGAUUAUCACACCUGUUUACUUAUUACCUCAAAUACGAUCUAUUGCAAAAGGGUUGAAUGGUACGGCUCCUCUGACGAAAUUUUCACCUGUGCCGUAGUAUAUUUUUUGAGGCGGAAGCUCAAAAAAACGCAAAUUUUUGACGCAGAUUGUGGAGUUAUAGUCCGCGCCACGAAAAGUGGCGGGUGAGGGACGGAGCCAGUCGGCCGGUCCAAUCUAUCGUUGAAGGGUUGAAGCGCAGGUAUUGGCCCAGCCGUUAGCCCGUCUUAACUACGGGCCAAUACCUGCGCUUCAACCCUUCAACCUUCAACUAUAGACUCGACCGUCCGACUGGCUCGAUCCGCCCCUAACCCGUCACUUUUCGCGGCGCGGACUUAUAGGAGUGCAUUUCAAACUUUGCCAUUGCGCUCAUCGCAAUUUUUGAGACAAUUUCUGAAAGAGACAACUAUUUAUUUUUGCUUUAGCAAAAGUUUGCGUCAGGCCCUUUAGGACCUAUAAUUUCUGGCAUAUCCGUAACAACACUUACGUGCAGAAGGAAAUUGAUGGAACAUACGUCCUUUCUUAACCGAGCCAGAAAUUGUAGUUCCUAAUUGCACAGUUCAGUCCAGAUGUCUAGGUACUCAUGUUGCAGAAAUGACCUUUUUCUCUCAGAAGUUAUUUAGCGAGGAAAAAUUCAAACCUUCUUUAUUAUGCAGGAUUUCAAUCUUGCAGAGGAGCUUAUCACAGGUGGACCCGUGCGAAUCAAAAUACCUUUGUCUUUUCUCUUUCUAGGGUUUUUUAUCAUUAGGUAUUUUUUUAAACUGUUACUGUACUUUACUAUUAGUUUCUAUGCAAGUACUACUUUCUCUCUAGUCUUUACUUGACUUUUGCUGAGUUUUGGCUCUUUGGCUCGAUGUUUAUUGUCGGGUCACCAAAAUACCAAAAAUAAUCUCAAUACUUUUACCUGAUUACUCAAGUCAGGAGAGGUUCUUGUUUUCUUCGAUCACCGUUCUUAACAUACCUAUGCGACCAUCAGUGGCGUUCGAAGGGGGGGGGGGCUGGUGCUGGCCCCACUAAAAUUGAAAAUAGUACCAUCUCACCCUGCCGCCCCCCCCCCUCACCAGAAAUUCUGGAUGGUGGGAGAAGGCUUUCGUCCAGGAUGAUUAUCUCUCUUAAUGUAGAGUUUAAAUUGAAAACAGUGUUCAUUUACUUAGUAUUCUCUAAAAUUUUCACCAUGGAGGCUUCAAGGUGCGUCCAAAUAGAGUUGAAUUUUCAAAAAAUUUUUGCGUCUAUUCUAUGUAACAAUUCAAAAGUAUUCUUUGCUGACAGUUUAAAAAUAAAACGUAAUUUUUCGACAGAACUAAUUGGAAAAUCUGCGUCAGGCCUCGGCUUCCUUUAGACUGAGGAGCAUUCCAUACCCCCCAGAGCCAGACCCCGCGGUGGUAGGGGUGCCAGGCCCCUCCUAGCAAAAUGACCAGGUAUACGCUCAUGGCAACCAUCAAUUUAUUAAAAGUCGGAUGAACUCAGGAUUAAAA